AUGCCAACCGUGUCGCCGUGGAUGACACAGAAGGGAAAACGUUCAGCAGCGCCGGCGCACGGCGGCGCGGCAGAGGAGUUGCGCCCACUCCCUGCCCAGAGCCAACUCCUCCUUGACCCGCAGUACAACGUCGACCUUUUGACAUUUUCUCACAUCCGCGAGCGCAUGCGCCAGCAGCAGCAACAGCGAUCCUCAGGGGCGGUGUGCUCCGCACCAUCGCAGUCAAUGCCAACAGACACGCCUUCUCGCACGCCACUCACGGUAGCGCCCGGUGGCACCACUGAUCACUCGCCGGCACCUCGAUACGCUGCCGCUUCAGAGUCUACGCCGCCCUCGCUCUGCGAUGAAGUGCUGAGCGAGGAGGACAGCCACCACUCUGAGUACGACCGGGGCCUCCCCAUGGACCUCGAGAACGACCUCGGCUCGUUUUUAACCACCGCUGGUCGCGCCUUCGCACAGAUGAAGCGGGACCGCCAGAGCCUGCGCUCCCGCAAGAACAAAGCAGGGACAGUCAUCAAGGAACUACAUCAGCAGCAAGGCAACGCAGCGACGAACGAGACACCGCCUUCCGCACCAGCACCAACCAUUGCAGCAGCUGCCACCUUGGGCUCUGCGUCUGAGGCAAGCCACACUUCUGUCGGCGCCGACACAUCUGCGGAGACGCCUGCCAUGAUGAAUGAGACAAACGCGUCUCAGUGCACGCGUCUCACGCUGGAGCCAAGUGCGAUGCUGGAGUGGGGCAAAGACGAGGACAUCGACGUCGGCCCCUUCAGCAGCGAUGCCAGUCUCGCUAGGAUGCAGCGGACUACCGGCCCCUCUUCCUCGUCUGCAAGCUCGUUGUCCGACGCUGCUGGCCGCCAGGCACACGACAGCGCAGGGGAGAGCGAGGAUGACUACGUCGGGUUUGAGGGCGGCGGCGUAGCCGUGAUGGCGUUCCUCUACGAGCAGACAUGGAUGGCAUUGGUCGGUGGGGGCCCGACACCGAUGGGGACGCCAAAAUCUGUGCAGUUCAUCCGAGACGGCGAGCUGCAGCACCAGCUGCUCCUGCCUGACCCGGUGGUGCGCCUCUUCCUCGACGCGCGGCUUCUGUUUGUCGUCACCACAGCGGAGCUGCGGAUGUACAGCAACCCAAUAGAGCGGGAGUGGACUUGUCUGCGGCAGUCCAUUCCCUUGUCUGCCGCUGUGGCAAGCCGCUAUGCCUUUUUAGCGUCUCCUGCAGACGAUGCUACCGGUGCCAACGCUCCUGUGCGCGUGUGGAAGACACUGCCCAACCCCAGCCCGUCUCCCAGCUCAGCGAAUGCAGCCGCCGCAGUCGACUCCGCCGAGGUUCUCCGGGUUACCUCGUUCGCGUCUUUCGCACGCAGGCCCGGCGGCCAGAGCGGAGACCGAGGCACAUGGACGUCCGCCAUCUCGCUGCCCGUCAUCCCAGUGGUGAUAGACUACGCGCGAAGUCUCGUUCUGCUGCCGGUGGGGGAGGAGGGAAAGGGGUUUGCGUUGUACCGGUACGUCUCUGGGCCGGAGGUGCGCUACACAGACCCAGUCAACAACGCUGACAUGAGCAACUCUGCAAGCACAUCUGGCAUGGGGUGUGCAUCGGACGCCAAAGCACAUCGCUCCAUCGACGGCACCGCCGUGACCACCGGUCGAACCACCUCUUUUCUGGAGCACAUCGCCACGCAAAACACUGCCCACCGUAAUCCGCUUUACAAUCUCGCCCUGUACGUUGGCUGGCCCUCGUCCAUUGCGCGGCUGCUGUCGCGAGACACAGAGGCUGGCACAGGCGACCAGGCAGGCGGCCAUCCGAGCAGUAGCCAUGUGGAUGGAUCGAGCAGUGGCGGCCUCGUGACGCUUGUCGCCGCGUCAAGCGAGUAUGCCACUCGCCUCACCCUUUGGAUGCUUCACGGAACGCAAAACAAGAUGGCGUCGCAGCAGAAUGGCCGCCCCCCCUCUCCCUCCAACACUGCCGCUGGUGCCGCUACCUUCGUGCUCCUGCGGGAGUUUCGCGUUGGUGUGCGCCUGGCCGCCCCUCAAGUCGUCAUGGCGUCUUUUCCAGGUGUCUCGCGGUACAUUGCGCGCGGCCAUGCGGCUCUGGCGGGAACGUCCGGCAGGACUGCUACGGGCAGUUCAGAGGCGGCGUCGUGGACUGAUGCAGGGCUUCUGCCAAAUACAUCCGUAGCUGGAGAUGUGGCCAAGUUACACGGCACUGCCACGCUGGCUUCGGCCAGUGGGUUGAUCAGUGCCGCCACCUCACCCCCGUCCUCAACCCCGCCCACGGGGACGAUGACCUCCUGGGCCACGGAGGCGGCUGCGACCGUUGCAUCCUCCACGUCAAGUCCGGCGGGUGUGCAGCACCUGCAGUUUGUUGGCAACGGCGCCUACCUAUUGUGUGUCCACGGCACAGACAUCAUCAGCAUCUUCUCGACCAGCGCACGCGAGACGGAAGAAGAGGCGAAGAACGUGUGCCGCGACCGCGUGGCGGCCGAGCAGAACCGCUAUUCUCGCCUCUCCAUCAUGAAGGAGUACCUUCCCCAUGUGCUGUCAAGUCGACUGGAAGCUUACACGCGUCAGGCAUGGUCCUCCUGCUCUGGUCGACUGCCUUCCGCCGACCCCACGUUCAUGCCACGCUGGAUCUGCGUCCAGCGUCGAGAUAUUCCUGGCGCGACGACCACCUCAACUGCGACUGUGCCCGCUACCGCGCCUACACAAAUGGGUACCUCCCACGGUGCUAGCAAGCUUGGAGUUCCCAUCGCCACCGACCGCAAUAGCAGUCGGGGUAGGCAGCCCUUUUUUCAGCGCUUGACUUCGUUCGUGGGAUCUCGGCCGCCGAUUGCAGCGUCAGUGGCUCUGCCGUCUGGGGGCGCAACGACAGCCGCGCUUCCUGGUACUGAAGAUGAGCCCAGCGCAAGCAAUCAGCCUAGUGGAGCUACCCCUGCAAGCCAUUCACUCUUCUCCCGCGCCAGUGCAUCGCGGCGAUUGAAAAGCCCUGGAAAACUGCUCACUUUUCCGACCUCCUCAUGGGAUGAGCAGCGACCGCCCGCUGGGGGUGCUGCCUGGGGCGCCCCACUCAUGGAACUCUCGCAGUGCAUUCAGGUGUGGCCAUCAGCACCGCACACUGAGACUGGCACUUUGCAUCAGUUCACCGGUGCCGCCUCUGCCGCGUCUUCGCCGAGACGACCGCCAAUCGUGCUGAACUGCGCGACGUGCGAAGGCGCUUUUGCGAACAUUUUGCUGUUUGCCGAGCAAGGCGAACUUGUGACGUCGCAGGUGGUGCCGUAUGCCACCUCGUGA